CUCGCAGUGAUUCGCCCGGUAUUCCGUUUAUGGCGAGUAGCAAAUUAGGUACAGUCAGUUCAUUCUUCCAUUCAUGAACAGUUGAUAGUAAAGGUUGUAACGGGACGUAUUUUACUGAAAGCAAUGAAUGGUACACAUUUGAACCAGCCGGCUUUUCCCACUGCCCCUGGGGGAGCGGUACCCGCGUUUACAAUGGAAAAUGUCGAUCCUUCGACUUUGGAAGAGGAUUCGGACUCCGAAGGGGAAAUAUCUGUGGCAACUAAUCCCCAAGGGCUCAAGCCGGGGAAAAAGACGAAGGGAAGAGUCAAAAUUAAAAUGGAAUUUAUUGAAAAUAAAUUGAGGCGAUAUACAACUUUCAGCAAACGCAAAACAGGAAUUAUGAAAAAGGCUUAUGAACUGUCAACUCUUACUGGUACUCAAGUAAUGCUUCUAGUGGCAAGUGAAACUGGGCAUGUCUAUACAUUUGCUACAAGAAAAUUGCAACCUAUGAUAACAAGUGACAGUGGAAAAGCACUCAUUCAAACAUGCCUCAAUUCUCCGGAUCCCCCACCUGGCUCUCAGCCCCAGAUGACAAUGGACCAAAGAAUGAAUCCAACAGGCUUUGAGGAAACAGAAUUGUCUUAUGCAGUUGGCGAAGAAGAGCACACAAAAGUGGAGAGUGGAAUAAAGCCUAUGUUUAUGCCAGUAUCAAUCCCAGAGCCAGGAAUGAUCAAUCGAAAUUCCCCAGACAACACGAGUGGUACCUCCUCCCCACUGCAGCAGACCACCCCUAGCAGUCAGACCACUUCACAGUCCCCUCCUACAUCUGCUGCCUCCAAAAAUCUGGCUGGAAACGUUAAUCUAACCAUCCCAGGUCUACCUCCAGGGGCAGUGCUAGUCCCACAAGGAGCACCACUGAUACCCAUUCAGCAGAAUGGUCAGCCAGUGCCCCAGACCUCCCAGGCUCAGACACUCUAUAGACUCCCCAACUCCAAUCAGAUUGUAGCUUUCUCAGGUACCAGCAGUGAUUCCUCUUCUCAACAAUCAAUGGUCACCUCGGGGUCCAGCUCGGAGAAUAUUGCCACACUGACUAAUGUUAGCACAGCAGGACUACAGACAGCUCAAGCAGGUACACAGAACACAGCAGCCAUGACCCCUGGUGUUGUCAUGUACCACACUCCUCAGGGUAUUGUGUAUGCCCCAACAACACUGCAGGAUGCCAGUCGCUCCAUGUUUAACUUCCAGCAGACCCCCACAGCCCUGCCUUUAUCCCAGUCAGAGAAUGGUCAACAGAUCAUCACAAUUCCUAUACCAGUCAGUCUGGCUGCAGGAGGCAAUUCACAGGUCCCAAUUCAGUAUCAGUUUGCAACACAAGUAUCAGACACUCAACAGACAACUCUCUCUCAACCCACAUCUGCUAAAAAACCCAAGAAAUGAGAGGAGGAAAAUAUCAUAAACAGAGUUACCUACUCUUGAGAGGAGUGGAGCAGACAAGAGUUGUGUGCCCCUGCAUCAUAAAGGUUGUCUUCCACAGUCUGUGUGACCAUAUGUGCCAAAAACAUUCUUACAGAAAGCCCGUGUACUGUGAUAGGGCUUUGAGGUGAACAUAUGUAAUUUUAUGGUAAGGAUGAAAGAAAUUUUCAUAAGGAAUUGGAUCUUUUCUUUGACAUUUAUAUUCAUUGUGUAUGCAAUAUGAAUCUUAAGAAUUUAAGAAUGGACACUCCCAUUAUCAUGGAAUUAAAUGAUAUAAAUACAAUUUGAAUUUUGAUGCCACUUUCAUUUACCAUACCUUAAUAAAAAGAAUACAUGUAUUUACUAUGGAAUUCAAAUAUCCAAGACUUGAUUUUCAUACAUUACUUGACAUAACGAUAAAGGUACAUGUUUAUAGAUGAUUGGAAGUCAUGUCUAUCCCAUUUUAAAGUAUUAAACUUUUGUAUUGUUUACAAAGCCUCUAAUUUGGAUGGCUAAGGCUUUAUGCAAAGGGAUCAAUUAUUAUCAUAAGUCACAUUAAGUUCAAGCAAUAACUGAUAAUAAACUUGGUAAAAAAAAAAAAAGACAGAAGAAUAUGCAAAGGAAAGAUAAUAUACAGCCAUACCAUAGCUUUUGAAAAAAAAAAAAGCUUAAAAUAUUUGAAUGUAUGCUACAGUGAUGAAUGAAAUUGAAUUUUGAUGUUUAUAUAGAAGCAUGACAGUUUGAUCAUAUACUAUGUAUAUAUAUUUUUGUAUCUUAUUUAGAUUUUGUAUUUAUAACUUGUUACAAUAUUCUUGUGGAGUUAAAUGUAACCUUCAUAAGUUUAGACUGUAGAUUCUUUUCCUAAUUUUAUAAGUAUGUGUAUCUAUAGUAUUAAUCUUUUCAGUACCCAUACUAGAAACUAUCAGUUACACACAAAAUGGCAGCUGUUUGGUUUUUUUUUAAGAAUUGAUUUAGAUGUAUAUAUUGUUGAUUUAAGUACCAGUAAUAUUACUUUUGUAUUGUUGGUGAUUCAUUUCAGCUUUGGACCAGUUACUAUAUGAGAAUUGUGCUUUAUGUUACACAUGUAUUCUUCAUGCGAUAAUUCUUCAUUUCAAAGUGGUGUCUGCUGCCAUCUUUCAUCGAUUCCUUGCAGAUCAAACUUAAGGUUACAAGAUGUUGUAAACAGUUUGUAGUAGAAAAAUGCAUCAACAUAAUUUUUUUGCAUUAAAUGUGUGCUUUUUUGUGGCUUAUCAUUAUUACAAAAUACCAUUUGUUUCGAAUUUCACACCCUGUCUGAUUGCAGGACAUAAAACAUUUGCAUUUUUUUUUUUACAGAAGAUUCUUAAUUUUUCUGUAUAUUCACUAUCAUAAUUCUUUUAACUAGUCAUUUUAAUUCAAACCUAUUUCUUAUGUAUAUUUUAAUGAUCAAGUAUAUUGAAAUCCAGUUAUGUAUUAUUUAUUGAUGGUUUUCAAAGCUAUUGUGUGU